AAAUAACCUCUUUUUUAUCAACAGUCUUGCUCAUAUGAACAUGUUUCUUAUUCAUCCCCAAAAAAAAAAAAAAAGAAAGAAAGAAAAACAAACAUGUUUCUUCUUCUUGCAGAUCUUGGCCCCAACCUUUUGGAGACAAUCCCACAGUACGGAUACUCCUCGAUGGUUUUACCUCAAGAAAGCCGACUCAAGGCCAAACCAAGAAGAUGAUAGUUCCACAGAGCAGACUUACAAGCAGAGGGGCCAGACCCUUCUAAUGGUGGCAACCCUACUCACGGCCGUUACUUUUGCUGCGGCUUUCACAAUGCCCGGGGGCUACAACAACAACUUGGGUCCGGACCAAGGAGUGGCCCUUCUGCAGUCGAGCAAGUACUUAAAGCGGUUCAUAAUAUCCGACACAGUUGCAAUGACCAGCUCGAUAACAGCAGCUUGUGUUAUACUGUGGGGAGCUGUGGUUGGCAAGAGGUCAUACGUGUACUAUUACUCGUGUGCGAUGGUGCUUACUUACAUUGCUCUUCAAUUGACUGCGAUGGCCUUUUCAACGGGCAUUUUAGCGGCAUUGCCCGACCAAGUUUAUGCCCACUCUAUGAGUCUGGUCAUCGGCAUCGUUUUUCAUAUCAGCACCUUCUUGUUCCUUUUCAGACUGGCACAAAUUUUCUCCAUCUCGGAGGUCUGUAAGUUUCUGGUUUUCUGCAUCAGAAAGCUGAACUGUAGAAUCCGCACUAGAUUGUAGAGAGGAAAUAUUUGUAAUUGUUUCUUUCUUUCCCUUGCUUCACAAGUCACACCUUUUGGCGGUGUCGACAACUUAUUCUGUCCCCAUAAGUUUAUUAGGCUAAAUGGAAUUUACUUUAUUGACAGCGCCAAUAGAAACCGAGCUAUUCGCUCUCCCAAAUUCAUUGAUAACUUUGCUAAACACAAACACCAUUAAAGGUUACUGAAACCCAACUCCGAUG